AUGUCUUCUCCUCGCGAACAACUUUUACAAACCUUAGCAGAAGCAGCUUCACAACAGCCGGAGCGAAUAAAAGUUGCUGAGACACAGCUUAAACAGUGGGAGGUGGCUCCAGAAUUUUACUCUACAUUACUGGAUAUUAUCAAUGACAAGACUAUUGAUGUUAAUGUCCGAUUCUUUGGAGUUAUAUUUUUCAAAAAUGGCAUAGAUAAAUACUGGCGUAAAACUGCAAAAAACGCUAUCAACCCUGAAGAAAAGGCAAAGAUUAGAAAUCAAAUUUUAUCUUUUAUGGACGAAAGUCAUAAUCAGCUUGCAAUUCAAAAUGCCGUUCUAGUCUCUAAAGUAGCCCGCUAUGAUUUUCCUAACGAUUGUAUUUAUGUAGAGCAUACCAAUCGGUUCUUCAAUAUGAUUUCAACUUCCAAUGAUAUUGGAAAUGCAAUGGACUUAGAAACAUCAUUAAUUGCAUUGAAAUCUAUUAGACGUUUAAUUGUUCACGGUUUUCAAGAUAUUAGCAGGGUUGAUGAGACUAAGGCAUUCUUUGUUUUAGCUUUUGAUCAUUUACAAAAGUUUUAUACUUUAAGGAAUUCGUUUCAGGAUACAUCAUCCCCAAUUUUUAAACUUUUAGAUUCCAAAGUUAACCUAAUUGGGAAAUUUUAUGUUGAAUUACAAAGAUUGCGUCCCGUUUCUUUUAUAAUGACUCCAGGAUCUAGCGAUGUAAUUAAGUAUUAUUGGCAAUUGCUUGUUAUACAUAGUAAAUCAUACGAAACAGAAAUGGAAAAACAACAAUAUGGUACAGAAAAGAUUUUGAUUCAAGCCUUAUUACUAUUAAAAGGCAUCAUAAGAAAGUCUAGUUAUAAUCAAGAUAUCAAAGAAAGUAAGGAACGUCUUUCCGACGCAAUUAAGAUUUUAGAGGAACAAAUACUGACGCCGAGCUUUGUCGAAUCAUUGGCCGAAUUAUUGAUCUCAAGCUAUCUAAUUUUGAGGAAAGAAGAUUUGAUAAUGUGGGAAGAAGAUCCAGAAGGUUGGGUUAAUUUUGAUGAGACAGACCACUGGGAGUAUCAUAUAAGACCUUGUGCUGAAAAGGUCUUUACAGAUUUAAUAACACAAUAUCGUGAUCUUUUAUCAUCAAAAAUGUUGGAAUUGCUCGGAAAUGCCGCAUUAUCUCAAUCAAACAAUCUGUUUGUUAAAGAUGCUAUUUAUUGUGCAGUGGGAUUAGGUUCUCACGAAUUAUACGACGUGCUUGAUUUCGAUUCUUGGCUUGUUAAUAAUUUAUUGAUUGAAGCAGCGAAUAACGAUCCAAGUUUCAAAAUUAUUCGUCGUCGCAUUGCAUGGGUGAUUGGAAGAUGGGUAUGUGUUAAAUUAUCAAAAGAAAAUCGACCCCGAGUUUACGACGUUAUGUCAUAUUUAAUAAACCCGGAAGAGGAUUUGGUCGUUAGAAUGACUGCUGCAAUCAACUUGAGGAACGAAUGGGAUUUUGAUUCGGACGGAUUUGUUCUAUAUCUUGACCGUGCAAUCACUUUAUUAACGCGUUUAAUUGGAGAGAUUGCACCCUUCUCUGAGAAGAUUACAAACUUAUUGCCAACGUUAUGGCAAGUAGCUCAAAAUGAAUAUUUAUUCAAACCAGCUAUUCUAGUGAUAUUGACAAAACUUGUGCAGGCCUUGUGGGAACAGUCUAUAAGUCUUCAUGAAUUUAUAAUACCAAUAAUUCAAUACAGCGUUAGUACAAACACUGAAGAACACGUAUAUCUUUUAGAAGAUGGAUUGGACCUUUGGUUGGCAAUUCUUGAAAAUACCGUUGAAUGUACACCAUCAUUAUUUAACCUUGUUCCCAUGGCUAUUGGAUUGUUAGAAUUUGGAUCUGAUACACUUAAAAAAGUACUUUGGAUUAUUGAGAGUUACAUUCUUUUAGUACCUGAAAUGAUCGUACAGUCAUAUGCAAUUCCUAUUAUGAGCGCAUUUACUCAAUUAUUGGGAGAUUUAAAACCCGAAGCGUGUCGUGCUAUCAUUCAUGUUAUUGACAUUGCUUUGCAAGCUUGUCCUUUUGAAUUAUUAAAAGAAUCAAUUAUUAACACAGGACUUCUUGUAAAACUGCUUAAUUCCAUACUUUCGGUCAACGAGGAAAAUCCUUACGUCCUUGUAGGUUAUGUCUCAAUAUUAGCUAGGAUUAUCAUUAAUGAUCUAGGAUUUUUUUUACAUUUCAUCACAAUUGCCAGUCAACAAUAUAAUAUUCAACAACAAAAUUUAUUAGAGAAAGUCUUGGAAACAUGGUUAGAUAAGUUUGAUAAUAUUGGACAUCCUAAACAACGGAAAUUAAGUGCGAUGGCUUUCGCGACAUUGAUUUCUACAACAAAUCCCACUAUUUUAAGUUUAUUAGCUCAAUUUAUUGGGGUUUGGUGUGAUGUGUUGAGUGAAGUUAAAGAAUCCGGCGGUGGAGAUGCAUUGGUUUAUUGGCAAGAAGAAUAUGUAGGGAAGAAUGAAAUAGAUGAUAGCGAUGCAUCACCUGAGACUAAACGAAAACGAGUUCUUUUACAACGGGAUCCUAUUCAUACUACCAAUCUAAUUCAAUUCAUUAAUUUAAAGAUUGGUGAGUGUGAAGCGCUUAAUGGAGGGUCAGAAAUGUUUAGACAAAAUUAUUUAAGUCGAGUUGAUAAUACUUUAUUAGAUCAAUUAAAA